AUGGAAAUCAACCAAACCACCCCAACCGCGAAUACUCGUACGAUGAGAACAGCUCAUCCUGAUCCCCAUGCAACCCCCACUGGCUCCGUGCCCGCAAGAACUCCUUCGAUGCCGAGUCAACCUGAUCCCCAUACAACCCCGGUUCCCCAACCAGCCCCUUCAACUGAAAUACCCGAUGAGACUGACAAAGCUCCUAAGAAGAAGGCUCCGAAGUGGUCAAUCGAAGAAGAUAAACAGCUUUGUGCUGCUUGGUUGAACACUAGCCAAGACAGUAUCGUCGGGACCUGUCAGAAAGCUGGAACGUUUUGGGAACGGGAAAACAAAAACUCAAGAACGAUCAAACCUUUGCCAAUUCGACUCGUCAAUGCGGUCGAAUGUCGUUGGGGUCAUAUUAUGAGAGUCUGCAACAAGUUUGGUGGAUGCUAUUCGCAAGUUGAACGUCAAAUGAGGAGUGGGAUGAGUCGAGAUGAUAUCCUUUGCAAGGCGAAGGAACUGUAUAAAUCCGAGAACAAGUCGAAUUUCAAUCUUGAUCACUGCUGGGGCAUUUUGAGAGAACACCCAAAAUGGCAGGCAACCCAGCAAGAGAUCGAUCUCCGACAGAAAAAAUCCAAAGAACCUCCAAGUAGCACCCCUGCAACCAAUGAGGCUUUGCCCUCAAGUCCUCAAACAGGCACUCAACCAGAUGAGGAAGACGAUCGUAGUGCCCUAGGUUCUGACACGCGUAUGGAGGGCAACAAAGCGGCCAAAAGGAAGCGAGACGAGGAUGCAAUGUUGCAGAAGAUCAUCAAGACACAGGAAGAGUUGGUCAAGAUAUCUAAGGAGCGCUCAGCAUCCGUUCAAAAAGCAUUGGAGGAGGCGUCGGAGGCAAAGAAGUUAGAGGCUGACAAUCACAUCAUGGCAAUGGAUCUCACUGGCAUGGAUGAUGAAGCAAAAGCAUACUGGCAAAAGAAAAGGCGGGCUAUUUUGGAUUGA